AUGCGAUGCACACAAUCCAUCAACCAGACACCAGAUGUGAUCCUCUACGCUGUCCAGGUUGGGAUUGCCAAGCCGGCUGAAGUAAUCGACUAUAUGCGUCUUCCGCCUCCCAUUAAGUAUGAGGAGCUGCAGAGGGAAUCCAUGAUGACCCUGAAACCUGAGCUCUUUGAGGGUCUCAGAUUCGACUUCACCAAGCCCCUCAACCAGAACUUUGCCCUGUGCCAUAGCCUCUUCAUGGGCAACAUAGAUGUUCCUACCCAGAACAAUCAACCUCUUAAGAUGCCAAUGGGUACCUAUGAGUUUGGAGCGAACUUGGUCAGCAACAAGGGCAACAUGAUGAUUGGCCGCGUCAUGACGGAUGGAAGGAUGAGCGGCAGGGUCAAGUACGAUCUGAACGAGUGGCUCGGCUUCAAGCUGCAGAUGAACCUGGCUCCAGAGGCGGGCGUGUCCCAGGGAAUGGUGGAUGUCGAUGUCAAGGGCUCGGACUGGAAUGGGCAGGUGAAGCUGGGCAACAGCCAGUUUGUGGGCGUAAACUACCUGCAGAGCGUGACGCCGCACCUGGCGCUGGGCGGGGAGGCAUUCUGGCUGGGCCAGCAGCGCAAGUCCGGCGCCGGUUUCGCCGCGCGCUACGCCAACGAUGCGCACGUCGCCACCGCGCAGCUGGCCACCACCGGCCUCGUCUCCCUGACGUACCUCCGCCGCAUCAGCGAGAAGGUGUCGCUAGCGACGGAAUUCUUGUGGAACUGGAACUCGCGGGAAGCCACGGCGGCGUUCGGGUACGACUACAUUCUGCGGCAGUGCCGGUUGCGCGGCCGCAUCGACACCGACGGCAAGGUGGCGGCCUACCUGGAGGAGAGGGUCAACGUCGGCGUCAACUUCAUCCUGUCAGCAGAGAUCGACCACUGGAAGAAGGACUACAAGUUUGGCUUCGGCAUGACCGUGGGCGAGUGA